CUGGUUGUAUCUGCUAGUUAAUAGGGCCUCCAAGGUUGCACAUUGCUCCAUGGUCUACCACGAACUACCGGUGCGCGACUAGUUGGUCUCUACCACACAUCGCACAGCAAUGUCUUGCACCGAAGACAAGGUCGCUCCCCGGGCGUUCUUCGUGCCUGGGACGGCGCUGGUGAAGAACAGCGGUGAUGAAAAACAACGCACUCCAUCGCCCACGCCCGACGGCGACUCCAACAUUAUCCUGGUGGAUUACGACGAGGACGACCUGGAGAAUCAAAUGACUUGGUCACCAAGACGGAAAUGAAUGAUUGUCUCCGCUCUCUCGUGGAUGGGAUUUGUCAGGUAAGCUGCCCUUAGGAGCCUCCUCAGGUCAUGUCGUUCCCUCAUCCCUGGCAAUUAAUGCCCGAUGUCGCCAGCGUCUUCUCGACGAUGACAAUCGUGCCCACGACGCCACAGAUAUUGGCCGAGUUUCGCUCGAGUAGUUCCUUCGACAAGACCCUACUCGUUGCGAUCUGGGAGUUGGGGGAAGGUAUCGGGCCUCUCUUCAUCGUACCGCUUUCUGAGAAGUUCGGGCGGCUCGCUGUCUUUUACAUUGGCAACUUUCUCGCGCUGCGUUGCUUGGUUGGCUGCGCACUGAGCGUCAACAUUCCCAUGUUGGUCACAUUCCGCUUCUUGACGGGCUGCUUUCUCUCGAUCUUGACUCUCGGGCCGGCGAUUGUCGGCGAUUUCUUCGACAUGGACCAAACCGGGCUAUCGAUGGCAUUGGUCAUGGGGACGCAGAUGAUAGCAGACUUCAUCUCGCCCAUCGCGGGAUCCUACAUUGCUGAAGAUCUAGGUUGGCGAUGGGCGAUCUGGCUCGCCGUCAUCGUUCUCGGCUUCUUCAGCCUGUCGUUGGCUUCUGUGCUGAAAGAAACGUACGCUGUUGUCUUCCUUCGACGCAAAGCGAAGCGGCUUCAGAACGGCAGCACGGGUGGCACAACGUUUCGCUCCAAACACCAAGCCCGCGUGGAUGCCAUCUCUGUGCUUGAAAGUAUCUUGAAGCCUCUGCACAUCCUUAUACAGUCGCCGAUCCUCACAUUGACGACAACCUACAUGGCCACAAUCUACGCUCUCGUCUCGUUGAUCAUCGCGACACUCACUGAGGUUUUGCAGUCAACCUACCCUACGAUCUUCUCGGUCGGCUCGAUCGGACUGACGUUUCUUUCACUCGCCAUCGGCAAUACCAUUGCUCUCACAUUCUACAGUCUCACCUCCGAUCACUACGUCUUACGUCAACGAAACGAGAAGAGCGACGACUUCAAGCUCGAGUCUCGUCUGGUCCAUCUCCUUUUUGCAGCAUUCAUCUUGCCCAUAGGGCUUUUGUUAUAUGGCUGGACUCUCGCAGGGCGUUCACCAGUAUAUUGUCCCCCUGAUUGGAAUCGGGGCUGCAGGAUUUGGUAUUCCCAAUUAUGUGAACGAAGUGAUUAGGUUCCCGGUGAUGAUGGAAGUUCCCUUGAUCGGGAGUGACAAUUAGGAAAACGAUGAUACAGGAUGUAUUGUAAGUAAUGUCAGGGAUGAUCCAAGC